AUGGCACAGAAGCUACCUCCUCAAGCUCGCAGGCUCCGCACCAUCAUUGUCACAGUUCCCAUCAUGGCAGCAACAGCAUACGUGCUCUACGAGCGUCUUGUGCUCGGAAAACCUCAAAGAACAUUGCCUAGGGAGACACCACAACCCCUUUCUACAACCAAUGAAUUACUACCCGAAAGCUCCAAUGCCGGGAGUGAACACUGGUCAAAAGGAGAAUAA